AUGAAUCUGCAAGUCGUUCCAAACCAGGUGAUGUGUAAGGCUUUCCCUCAAACAUUGACCAACGCUGCCAGGGAUUGGUUCUCGACCUUGGAACCCAACUCCAUAUCCUCAUUCACAGACCUGGCCGACAAGUUCUCUGCCUUUUUUGCCAGUAGCAAGCGCAUCAGGAAGACGGCGGCUUCCCUCAUGCAACUCCGCCACGGACAAAAUGAGACUCUCCGUGACUUCAUGACAAGGUUCAACAAAGAAAGGUUGCAGAUCCCCGAUCUCCAUAUCACCGCGGCCGUCUCAACUCUUACUCAUGUUAUAAGGUGCGAGGCAUUCAAGAUGUCCUUGUCAAAAACACCUCCGAAGUCAGUAACCAAGCUCUUGACCAGAGGAGAGAAGUACAUUAAUAUGGAGGAGACGUUGAAUACAAAGAGAGUCGGCCCGACCCACGAAAGGAUUGAGCACAAGAGACAUCAGACUCAAGUCAACGGCAAGAGGCCCCUCGGAACAAGCAGAGGCUAG